AUGUCGGGCUCAUUAAGAAAUAAUCCCUUCAUGAGGGGCGCGUCGCCAUCACAGGCCUCCUCAUCGCCGGCAGGGGCACCUAAGACCAGGCCGAAAUCCACCGUGUUUCCGCCCGCUUCGCUGCCAUUCUCAAACGCUUCCACAGCCACAGGCGCAUUAGCCCACCCUACACGAACACAAUCACAAACAACAAAUGUUUUGAUACCACGGCAUACCCGCGAAGGGUCACGCAGCACAACAUCUUCCAGCACUUUUGCGCCCUCCUUCAUCAAGUCGGAGGAGAUGAGGCGCUCGGAUACCGUCAGGGGCAUCGAGGGCGAGAAUGACUUUUCUGGCAAGAGAUACGUGUGGCUUAAGGAUCCGCAGACUGCUUUUGUCAAGGGAUGGGUUGUCGAGGAGCUUGGAUCUGCCCGGAUACUAGUCCAAUGCGACGAUGGCACCCAACGCGAGGUCGACUCGGACAGCGUCGACAAGGUCAACCCGGCCAAGUUCGACAAGGCCGAGGACAUGGCCGAGCUGACGCAUCUGAACGAGGCAUCCGUCGUGCACAAUUUACAUAUGCGAUACCAAUCAGACCUCAUCUACACGUACUCGGGACUCUUCUUGGUGACAGUCAACCCCUACUGCCCACUACCCAUCUAUUCAAACGAAUAUGUCAACAUGUACAAGGGUCGCAGUCGUGAGGAUACCAAGCCUCACAUAUUCGCCAUGGCCGAUCAUGCCUUCCGGAACCUGGUCGACGAGGGCGAGAACCAAAGCAUCUUGGUGACUGGAGAGUCUGGAGCCGGAAAGACAGAAAACACCAAGAAGGUCAUUCAGUAUCUGGCCGCCGUUGCCCACUCUGAAUCCCCCGUCAAGGCCAAGGGACAGUCUCAGCACUCGAAUCUGUCGGCCCAAAUUCUGCGUGCCAACCCUAUCCUCGAAGCCUUUGGAAAUGCCCAGACAGUCCGCAACAACAACUCUUCCCGGUUCGGAAAGUUCAUCCGUAUUGAAUUCAGCAAAAAUGGGUCCAUUGCCGGCGCAUUCAUCGACUGGUACUUGCUUGAAAAGUCUCGAGUUGUGCGCAUCAACAGCAACGAGCGCAACUAUCACGUCUUUUACCAGCUGCUCAAGGGCGCCGAUCGGAGGAUGAAAGAGGACUUUCUAAUCGAUAGAAUGGACGCGGAGGAUUUUGCCUAUACACGGGAUGGAAACGACACCAUCUCGGGUGUCUCGGAUCGCGAAGAAUGGGAAACUCUCAUGGAGGCCUUCCAUGUCAUGGGCUUCACGGGACAAGAUCAAGCUGCCAUUCUACGGACAAUAGCCGCCGUUUUGCACUUGGGCAACAUCAAUCUCGUAAAGGAGAGCCGAGCCGCAGACCAGGCCAGGCUGGCCCCUGACGCGAAAUCGUUCGCCGAAAAGGUUUGCAGGUUGCUGGGCAUACCACUGGAGCCUUUCUUGCAAGGCCUUUUGCACCCAAAGGUCAAGGCGGGUCGAGAAUGGGUCGAAAAGGUACAAACUCCCGAGCAGGUCCGACUCGGUAUUGACGCUCUGUCCAAGGGUAUAUACGAACGUGCGUUUGGUGAUCUUGUCACCAGAAUCAACCGACAGCUUGAUCGUACGGGAAUGGGUAUGGAUGACUCUCGCUUCAUCGGCGUUCUCGAUAUCGCCGGUUUCGAGAUUUUUGAGGAGAACAGCUUUGAACAGCUCUGCAUCAACUACACAAACGAGAAGCUCCAGCAGUUCUUCAACCAUCACAUGUUCGUCCUUGAGCAGGAGGAGUAUGCCAGGGAGCAAAUAGAAUGGAAGUUUAUCGACUUCGGGCGUGAUCUGCAACCUACAAUCGAUCUCAUCGAGCUUCCGAACCCCAUAGGUAUCUUCUCAUGCCUUGACGAAGACAGCGUCAUGCCAAAAGCGACAGACAUUACGUUCACAGAGAAGCUUCACUCGCUCUGGGACAAAAAGUCAAACAAAUACCGACCAUCCCGGCUAAAGCACGGCUUUAUUCUCACCCACUACGCCGCGGAGGUUGAGUACUCCACCGACGGCUGGCUGGAGAAGAACAAAGAUCCCCUCAACGACAACGUAACGAGGCUUUUGGCCGCAUCUACUGAGAAGCAUGUUGCGAAUCUAUUCGCCGACUGCGCUGAGCAGGACGACGAGCAGGGCGGCGUUCGCAGUCGCGUCAAGAAGGGUCUCUUCAGAACCGUUGCUCAAAGGCACAAGGAGCAACUGUCAAGCCUGAUGGCGCAGCUUCACUCCACGCACCCACACUUUGUGCGAUGCAUCCUCCCCAACCAUAAAAAGAAGCCCAAGAUGUUCAACAAUCUGUUGGUUCUCGAUCAGCUCCGCUGCAACGGUGUGCUUGAAGGUAUCCGUAUUGCGCGGACUGGGUUUCCCAACCGCCUGUCGUUCUCCGAGUUCCGCCAACGAUACGAGGUUCUCUGCAGAGACAUGCCCAAGGGCUACCUCGAGGGACAGGCGGCAGCAUCCAUCAUACUCGACAAGCUGGGACUCGACAGGGGACUCUUCCGCGUGGGUCUCACCAAGGUAUUUUUCCGGGCUGGUGUGCUUGCCGAGCUCGAAGAGCAGCGCGACGCCCUCAUCACCGAGAUCAUGUCUAGAUUCCAGUCCGUGGCUCGCGGUUUCAUGCAGCGAAGGAUCGCCUACAAGAGACUUUACAGAGCCGAGGCUACCCGUGUCAUUCAGCGGAACUUGAACGUAUAUCUCAAUUUGUGUGACAACCCUUGGUGGCAGCUGCUCAUUCGCAUGAAGCCGUUGCUGGGAGCAACACGGACGGCUACAGAAGUCAAGCGCCGCGACGAACUCAUUCGACAACUCCACGAGAAGAUGAAGCAGGAGGAGACGGACAGGCAGCGACUUGAGGAAGAGCGUCGCAGUACACACACGGAGAUGAUGCGCAUCCAGCAGACCUUGGAGAGCGAGCGAGCAUUGGCGCUGGACAAGGAAGAGAUUUUCAAGCGCCUGCAGCUCCGUGAGGUUGAGCUCGAGGAGAAGCUUUCUGGCGCUAUUGAAGAUCAGGAGCGUCUUGAGGACCAGCUGGACAGCCUACUUGAUGCCAAGAAGCUUGCCGAAGAGCAGGUCGAAAAGUACCGGACACAAUUAGAGCAGGCAGCUUCGCUGAUAAGCAAGCUUGAGGAAGAAAAGACGGAACUUGGCGAUCGGCUAUCGGCUCUAGAGGAAGAGAUGCGGGAGAUGUCACAGCGCCAGUCACAACGGAGCGCCGAGGAAGAGGCUCUGCAUGAUGAGAUCAAGAUGUUGCAGAGCCAGCUUUCUCUCAAAGAUCGCAAGGCGCGUGACCUCGAGGGCAAGCUGUUGAAAAUUGACCAGGACGCCGAGGUCAAACUCGUGGCUGCCCAGAAGGAGCUCCAGACAUUCAAGAGUCGGGAGCAGCGUCUCAUUUCCGAAAACCGGGACGCACAGCAGCAGCUCUCGAAGCUGUCCAAGACUUCAACUGACUAUGAGGAUCUCGUCCGCAAGAAGGAGAGUGAGCUUGCUCUCCUGCGCAGCGACAACAAAAAGUACGAGAUGGAGCAUCGGUCGUUUGAGGAGCAGAAGAAAACGCUGGCAGCUGAAAAAGAAAAGGCGGCCAGUCGUCUCCGAGAAGUGCAGGCCGAGAUCUCAGCCCUCAAGUCACAACAGUCGCAGCUCCAGCGUGAGGCCGACGAUGCUAAGAAACUGCUUGAAGCGCGUCUUUCCGAGGAUGCCCAAGCGGACCAGAACCGCCAGGUGCUCGAAGGCCAAAUCAAAGACCUCAAAGACGAACUGUACAAGACGCAGAUGGACCUUAGCCGUGAGCGUCAGUCCCGCGACGAUGUGCUCCUCCUGGGCGAGCACGAAUACCAAAAGCUGCAGGAGGAGUACGAACGCCUCAACGAGUCGAAGAUCACGAUCGAGAAGGAGCUAUAUGCGCAGCAAGACACCCUGCGUCGUACCAUGGAGGCGCGUGCGACGGCCGAAAAAGAGCGUGACGAGGCUCGCGAUGAGAUCAGGAAACUUCGCGCCGCCAAGCUCCAGGCCGAGGAGGCUCGUCGUGAAGCUGAGAAUGCUGGCGAACGUGCGGCUCUCAAGAUUGCCAGGGAACGUGAAACAAGCCUCAGGAAGGACUUGGACGCUGCCCAAGAACGGCUCAAGUGGUUUGAGGACGAGUGUGCCAAACUUAACCACCAGGUGGAAGAUCUGAACAAGCUGAUCUUGUCCUCUGGCGAGUUCGGUCUGAGGAAUGAUCAGGAGAAGGAGCGCAUGCAACGGGAGCUCACUACGGUCAAAGGUCGACUUAUGGCGUCAGAAAAUGACAAUCGGGCUCUCCUCAACAAACUACAGCAAAAAGGCCUGGAGAUUGCGCGAUCAACGUCGAGGGCCAGCGAGGCAUCUCGUGGCCAAGUCACGGCGUUGACGAGGGAGAAGGCCAGAGUAGAGGAGCAGAACGUCAAGCUGAACAAGCAGCUCGGCGACGCUCAGCUUACCAUUGCGGCUCUCGAGAAGAAGGCCGAGAAGCUGCAGCUAAACCUGGAAGAUCUCAAUCUUGAAGUCUCCCGCGAGACAAAGGCUAGCCGCAACGCCGAGAAGACUUCGUCAAACUUUACCGCUCAGCUGGCAGAAGCAAACCGCACCAUCGAGUCGGAGCGUCAGUUGAAGACACAAGCACAGAGUACAGUCCGCACUCUGCAGACGACUCUGGACUCUAGAGACAAAGAACUUGUGGAGCUUCGGGCCCAGAUGCUGAGCAUUCUCAAGACUGUCGACCCCGAUGCCUUGCCCGCUAUUGCUCCGGACAACAACAAGAACGAGAUGUUCAUAGCCAAGAACUAUGAUCUCGCCCGCAAAGUAGAGGAGCUACAGCAGAGUCUUCGGGUGCAGACAGCUGCUCGUCAAACUGCCGAGAACCAAGUUGCAGAGCUCCGAGCUCAAAAGCACGACUCGCCACGCCCACGUCUGGAAGAGAUCAACCCCAACGAGGCUCCGUUCAACGUUUCCCCGACACAGAGAAAGUCCAAGAUUAAUGGACGUCACUAUUCAACUGCUUCGACACCGCCGCGUCGCUUGAAUGCCGCGGAUGGCGACCACUCGCACGAUUCUGUGCGCUCUGACCGCACCGCCGACGUCCUCAGCUUCAACAACCGCCAGGAUCUCAAGACCGAGGUUGAGGAGCUACAGAACCAGCUUCAGCUUUCCGAGAUGAAGAAUCGUCACCUCGAAAGCCAGCUGGAACGGGUGACUCCAGGGCCCGACGCCGCCUAUGGCGAGGAAAGCCCGAGCGCGCGCCGUCGGGCGCAAAAGCUCGAACAGGCCAACAGUCGACUCCAGGAUAUGCUAGACGACUCCUCUAAGAAGGUUUCGGCGUUGGAAAAGACUGUUCGCACAGGGGAGCUUUCACUGCGGGACAUUCAAACAAGGUCGCACGAGGAGAUUCUCGAUCUGCUUAAUAGCCAGGAGGAGUCACGUCGGUCAUUGCUGCUUAGUCACAGGGACGCUGUGGCCGAGCUCACGGAUAUCAAGGAACACUUUGAAAAGAUGAGGCAUGAUCGGGCCAAGGUCGAGGUUGAUCUCCGCGACGCCAGGUCAGAAUUGCAAGACAUUUCACUGGCACGAGACCAAGAGGCCGCCAGCCGUAGUCAACUCCUGCAGGAGUUUGCCGACCUCCAGAUCAGGCUUGAUGCCGAGACUUCCAAGCUCGCCGACGUGACAGCCAACCUUAAUCUGUACAAGAGUCGGGCAGAUGAGUACUUUAGCAAGCUGGAACAGGCAGAGAUUGCCGUGCUCAAGGCGAAUCGCGCGGAGCAAUUUGCCCGCAGCCAGGCUCGCGAGGCCGAGGACACUUGUGCCGAGGUCAUGUCAGAGCGCCAGCGUAUGGACGCCGCUGUCGAGGACCUCCAGCGGCAGAACCAGCGGCUUGAGGAGAAACUCGAGGACUUGUCAACGGAUCUCGAGGCGGCAACGCAGGCCAAGCGACGUCUGCAGCACGAACUCGAGGACUACCGCGCACAGCGGGCCAACGACAUCGAAGACAAGGAGUCGAGCAUGGAGCAGACGCGCAAAAAGUAUCAGGCGGAAUUCGCCACGCUCACUAAGGAGCUGGACCUGGCUCGCGAAGAGCGCCUGUUCAAACAAGCCGAGGUGGUGCGGCUGCGCGAGGAGUUGGACGAACUUCGGUCCAAGUGGGACGACGAGGUUCUCAACAGCUCGACGUGGUCCAAGGAGAAGACAAGGCUCGAGGCAACGCUUGCGGAUGUUGUGGCCAGCCGCGACGAGGCCGUUGGCGCGCACAACGAGGCCCAGGGCAAGAUUGUCAACCUUCUCUCACAGGUGCGCACGUUACGGGCCAAUGUCGACGAGGCAUCGGCCGAGCGCGACGCGCUCCUGCGCGAGAAGCGCGGCCUCGAGUCUCGGCUCGAGGAGGCCAAGGCUGGGCUGGAGGAACUGUCCAAGGCAGGUGAGAGCCCGAGCCUGCGCAACGCAGCAGGGAUGGACAAGGAGAUUCUCGAGCUCAAGUCGAGCCUGGCACACCAUGAGGACGUGGCCUCGGCGGCGGUGGAGAAGAUGCGGAGGGCCGAAGCGCUCGCAGCCGAGGUGCAAAAGGACAUGGCGGCGGAGCGGGACAACGCAGCCAAGUUGCAAAAGGAGAAGACAGCUCUCGAGAAGGCGCUGUCGGAGGAGAAGGUGAAGUUGGUCAACCUCGAGACCAAGGUCUACCCGAGUGCUGGGCAGGUCAAGUUCUUGAACACCAGAAUUGAAGAGCUCGAAAAACAACUACAGGCUCAAGAAGAGCAGCACAACAAGUCUCAGCGGUCGGUGCGUAACGUGGACCGGACGGUGAAGGAUCUGCAGUCGCAAAUAGAGCGUAAGGACAAGCAGAAUGGGCAGCUACAGGACGACCUGACGCGGAUGCGCGACAAGGCAGACAAGCUGCUCAAGACCAUUGACGAGUUGCAGGCGGCCGACUCGACGGCUCAGCUCAAUGCCAGACGGGCGGAGCGCGAGCUGCGGGAGGAGAAGGAAAAGACCAUGCGCCUGGAGCGCGAGCUCGAGAGCUGGAAGGCCUCAGCGCCGAGGCCGAGCAGCAGCAGCGUUUCGGGCUACGGGAGCCUGAGGAGGGGCCCCAAUGGUACCAUCAGCUCGAGGAGUGGGUUGGGAAGUCUGGAGGGGGUGGAUGAGUUCGGGGGAGUGGAGAUCCCGAAGCGGAAGAGCAGCAUUAGUAGGACUCCUAGUCUGACCAAGGGGUUCUUGUGA